CUAGCGAAAAUCCGGUGAUAGGAACAGAAGUCGGGAAUUGCUCUUGGGAUAAUCCCUGCGAAUCCAGCAGCGGCCUCGUCAUGGCCGGCACUUAUCCGAUAUCGAAUUUGCUUGACAAAAUGACUUCAGCUGACAAGGAUUACAGAUUCAUGGCCACGAACGAUCUCAUGACCGAGCUGCAAAAAGAUUCGAUUAAGCUCGACAUUGCCUCGGAGGAGAAAGUUGUCCAGAUGCUUCUGUUAUUACUUCGCGACAAGAACGGUGAGGUGCAGAACCUGGCUGUAAAAUGUCUGGGACCUGUCGUGAACAAGGUUCGAGAAAAUUUCGUGGAGCUCAUCGUCGAGACCCUCUGCCAAAACAUGGUCUGUGAAAAAGCCGAAGAACUGCGAGAUAUAUCGUCCAUCGGGCUGAAGACAGUUAUAAACGAGCUACCCUCGAACAGCAACGAUCUUGUGGUUUCAAUCUGCAAGAAGAUCACGAGCAGAUUGAACUCGAUCGUGGCUGACAGCACUUCGAAACAAGAAGAAAUUUCUAUACAGCUAGAAGUUCUGGACCUCUUCGGAGAUCUCCUCAGCCGUUUCGGUAUCGGCUUGGUUUCUUAUCAUGCGUCGAUUCUCGAGGCUCUCCUACCUCAACUCCGCAGUCCUCGACUGGCAGUGCGCAAAAGGGCCAUCACUUCAAUCGGAUAUUUGACUGCCACCUGCACGGACAGUCUUUUCAAUAAAUUCAUGGAGAACAUCAUUCACGAGCUGUCGAAGAACUCCGACCCUUCGCUCACGCGUACAUAUAUUCAGUGCAUCGGCACGACUUCCCGACAUUCGGGGCAUCGCGUCGGUAACCAUCUAGACAAACUGAUGCCGUUGCUGACCGGCUUCUGCGUCCGUGCUGAAGAGUUCGGUGACGAACACGGCGACGAACUCCGCGAGUACUGCAUCCAAGCCUUCGAAGGGUUGGUCAGAAGGUGUCCCAAAGAAAUCACCGGUCACAUCCCUAGCAUCAUCUCGAUAUGUCUCGAUUUCAUCUGUUACGAUCCCAAUUACAAUUAUGACGAUGACGACGAUUCCGAAGAGGGCAUGGAGACCGAUGGUGAAGUCGAUGAGAGCGACGAAGAACCCGACGAGGAAUAUUCGGACGACGACGACAUUUCCUGGAAAGUCCGGAGAGCUUCAGCGAAGUGCCUCGAGGCGACGAUAUCCAGUCGCCACGACAUGUUGAUCGACUUCUAUAAGACGAUCUCACCGCAGCUGAUCUCACGCUUCAAAGAACGUGAGGAAAACGUCAAGGUGGAUAUAUUCAACGCCUACAUCGCGCUUCUGCGGCAGUCGAGAUCUUCCGGACCUCGGGGCGACGAGUGUAAUGAGGGACCAACCCAGAUGCUGCGGGAGCAGGUGCCUCAUCUCGUCAGAUCUCUAACCAGCCAGCUCCGCAAAGAGAAGAAAUCCAUCAAAACCCGACAGGGCUCCUUCCACCUGCUGUCGGAGCUCACGGCCGUGGUGCCCGGAGCUCUGAUCGAGCACAUCGCCGAUCUGGUCCCGGCCAUUCAGACGUCUUUGUCGGAGAAAGACAAGACCACAUCGUCGAACAUGAAAAUCGACACCUUGAACUUCCUCCAGCAGCUCAUCGCGACUCAUCCAAUCGAAGCCUUCCACCCCCACAUCCCCAUUCUGGUGCCAGCCGUUAUCCAAGCCGUAUACGACUCGUUCUACAAAAUCAGUUCGGAAGGCCUCAACGUCCUUCAACUUCUCGUCAGGGUCAUCCGACCGUUCGACGGACAACCGAAUGCUUUCAAUUUCGGUCCGUAUGUCACGCAGAUAUACCAGUGCACUCUGGUCAAGCUGAAAGCGACCGACAUCGACCAGGAAGUGAAGGAGAGGGCGAUAUCCUGCAUGGGUCUGAUCAUCUCCAUUCUCGGCGAUCAUCUACGGGAGGAACUCCAGACGUGUCUGCCGAUCUUCGUCGAUCGACUCCGGAACGAAAUCACCCGGUUGACGACGGUGAAGGCCCUCACCCAGAUCGCGGCUUCGCCGCUGAGAAUUCCUCUCGAUAUCAUACUUUGCGACGGAGUGUCGAUCCUCGCCAGUUUCCUCCGGAAGAAUCAACGUUCCCUGAAAGUGAGCACUCUGACGCUGCUCGACACGAUGUUCAAACACUAUCCCACCUCGUUCGAUCCGAACAUGGUGAACUGCAUCAUGAAGGAACUCCGUCCUCUGAUCCACGAGUCCGACCUGCACAUUUCGCAGCUGACGCUGAAUCUCCUCACGUCCGUCUCGCAAGUACAUCGUCAUUCGCUGAUGAUGGUCACGAAAGAAAUUCUGCCGGAGAUACUUGUUCUCGUUAAAUCUCCGCUGCUUCAGGGGGCGGCGCUGAACGCAAUGCUCGAGUUCCUGAAAAGUCUCUCGAACUCGAACGUGGAGGGCGUCGGUUUCCGACAGCUGCUCAUGCUGCUGACCGGCUUGGUCUACCAGCAGAGUCAGACGAAUCAGCCUAUCCACAAGAACGCCUAUCACUCAAUCGCGAAAUGCGUCGCCGCUCUGACCGUUGCCAACUUGAACAAUCCAGAAGCGCAACAGGUCGUCCCACAGUUCCUCAGCGAGAUUUCAAACUCUUCGUCGACGGACUCCGUGCACCAGUUCGCUCUAUUGGCCAUCGGUGAGAUCGGGAAACACAUCGACCUGAGCGGAAUCCCCGACCUGAAGGCGGUUCUCGUGAGAGCGUUCGAUUCGAGCUCCGAGGAGGUCAAAACCGCGGCUUCGUUCGCCCUGGGCAGCGUCGCUGUCGGAAAUCUCCAGGAGUAUCUACCGUUCAUUCUCACGGAAGUCGACGACAAUCCCAAGAAACAGUAUCUGCUGCUGCAUGCCUUGAAAGAGACGAUAUCGUGUCAGAGCACGAACGCUUCGACCGUGCACGCUCUGAUGCCUUAUAUCGAUCCGAUUUGGCAUAAGCUCAUGAGCAACUGCGAGUGCGAAGAAGAGGGGACCCGGAACGUGGUGGCCGACUGUCUCGGGAAACUCUGUCUCAUCGAUCACGAGAAGCUCCUUCCUAAACUCACGGCCGCCUUGCAAUGUCCUGGAGUUUAUGCGCGAGCGACGGUUGUGAACGCCAUGAAGUUCACCAUCACCGAUCAGCCGCAACCGAUCGAUGCGCUCCUGAAAACGCGCAUCGGCGAGUUCUUCGCGGCGCUUAGGGAUCCGGAUAUCAACGUCCGUCGGGUUGCGCUCGUCGCGUUCAACUCGGCCGCUCACAACAAGCCGGUUCUCGUCCGAGAUCUCCUGGACCAGGUGAUGCCCCUGCUCUACAGUGAGACGAAAGUUCGACAGGAACUCAUUCGCGAAGUCGAAAUGGGUCCCUUCAAGCACAAGGUGGACGACGGACUCGAUAUUCGGAAAGCUGCGUUCGAAUGCAUGUACACGCUGCUCGACUCCUGCAUGGACCGCAUCGAUGUCUAUGAAUUCCUCACCCAUCUCGAAGGUGGUCUCAAGGACCACUACGACAUAAAAAUGCUGACGUACCUCAUGCUAGUUCGUCUCGCAACGAUUCGACCUUCGGCGCUGCUUCAGCGGAUGGACACCGUCAUUGAAGCUCUCAGGGAACAGGCGAACAUGAAACUCAAACAGUUCCCCGUGAAGCAAGAAGUCGAACAGCAGGAAGAACUCAAAAGGUCCGCCCUGCGCGCUUUCUCAGCACUGCAACAGAUCCCCGACGCGGAAAAGUGCCCGCAAGUCGUAGACUUCAUAAACCAUAUCAAAGGCACUCCCGAUCUCCGACGUAUGUACGAAGGCAUUCAAAAAGAUGCGAAUCACUCGAUCGGCUACAAUCACGAAAACUUCCACGAGGAAAACAUGGUUUAUUGAACUUGGAAUGAAUGACAAGCUCGAAUGGCAGGAAGAAAUCGAAUGAGUCGACUCUUUCCGACGAGCUCUCGGCAGGAGGUACCUGUAGCUGUCACAAAUCGGAGCUCCGCCGGUGCGAGGAGCACUGAAUUCGAUAACGUAAGCCGUUUUAACAUCAAAACGCCAAAUGUAAAAAGAGAUAGUUGUGUGGUUCUCGAUUCAAUUCUUGUCGUUAAGACACACCGGUGUUGGUCGGAAUGUGUGGCGUAAUGUUUUGAGAGCACCAGUCUCCUUGACGGAAAAUUCCGUGGAGAUUUUUUCUGCUCGAACCGAAGAAUCGCUCAGCGAGCUCGAGUCGCUACGUGAGUCCUCAUCGUCUGCAAGAUCAGCCGCUUUUUCAUCGGGGAGAAUGGAACAAUAAAGUUAAGGGUUGACUGAUUUCGAA